CAUUUGCAACAACUCAACGCUUCAUUUCUUUUUCAGCAAGAAACCACAGAUACCUGCUUUAUAAAUACAUUUUAACCCAAUUAUCAGAUACUUCCAGUCUCAUCUGAUAUCAUCAAGGAUAAUGAUGAAGAGAAGCAGAGAAGACGGAGAUCAUCAGGUGGAGGCGCUGGCCAUGGCCAACUGCCUCAUGCUGCUGUCUAGGGUCGGCAAGUCCGCAGCGCUACCGGCCAGCCGGGUUUUCACCUGCAAGACAUGUAACCGGGAGUUCUCGUCGUUCCAAGCUCUGGGAGGCCACAGAGCCAGCCAUAAGAAGCCCAGCCGGCUGAUAUGCGGCGACCACCUCCACGUCCAAACGCCCAGCUCGCCGCCUAAGCCCAAGACCCACGAGUGCUCCAUCUGCGGCCUAAACUUCACCAUCGGCCAGGCCCUCGGUGGGCACAUGAGGCGCCACCGCGCCCCCGCCGUCAGCGACAGCAGCACUGUCACCAGCAGCCAGUCGGCGGCGGAGAUAUUCGAUAAGACUACGAUUAGCUGCAGCAGCAACAAGAAGAGAGUUCUGUCUCUGGACCUGAACUUGACGCCCUACGAGAAUGAUCUCAACUUGGUCAAGGCCGCCCCGUGGCUGCAGAUCGCUUAAUGAUUGAUGAUUCUCAAGUUUGGGGUUAAUUUGCCAACAGUUUCGCAUCGAUCCGAAUUUGGUGCCUUGCAGCUGCAGAUAUCAUCUAUCUAUCUUCAUUCAUUGUUGUUUACAGUGGCAUCGGAAUAGAUAUUCGGGCUGUGUCCUGGAAGGGCUGAUUCUUGCAUGCCAAGAAGAACUAAUUGGAGUCAGAGAAGAAACAAAAAAAUCAGUUACAGAGAACGACGAUCCGUAACGUGCUCGAUCUAAUUAAGCAGCUCCAGAAUGCGGAAAACAACUGCGAAGUGCAAGCCAACUGAUCAGCUGGUCAGUCGAGACGAUCAACAACAUUAAUCCACGUACGGACACCCUCGAACUCGAUCCAUGACUUAGGACAAAUCCGAUGGAGAAAGCAAUGCCUCAAAUGCGAAGAAGAUUAUUAUUAAUUAAUCCAUUUCCUUUUGUCGAUAUAUAUUCGAAUAUUACAACUUUAAACAUUUUGUAUUUUUAUUUUGAUUGAUGUAUAACUCGUUGUAAUAUUUGUCCUAAUUAAGUAUCAAUUACAUUUCUUAUAUUAUUAUAUAAAA